AUGAGCCGCUUUGCUCAAAAUUCAGCACCUCGCUACACUGCGGUCUCAUACACUUGGGGCAAUGAAACUCCAUCGGAGCACAUAUUUAUCAAUGGUCAACCUUUCCCCGUCCGACUCAAUCUCUGGUCAUGUCUGCACUAUCUAGCCCAAGACAAAACGGCAGGCUGGACACAUCUCUGGGUUGACGCAAUUUGUAUCGACCAAAUGAACAACGCAGAACGUACUGCGCAAGUUCGGCGCAUGGAUACAAUAUAUCGCAACGCGAGUGCCGUGUCUGUUUGGCUUGGUCUCCCACCAUCUGUCGAGCAAGACCGAUCUUGGCACGAACCAAUACGAACUUUUGAGGUCUCGGACUUCGAUUUCCACGAUCAGAUGUCCCAUCUAGCAAACCAUUCGUAUUGGACUCGCUUCUGGGUCAUCCAGGAGUUUCUCCUC